AGGCCGAGACGACGCAAGUUAUGCUCUUAAGUCGCUCCUCUCACUUGCUCAAUCCUGCUCGCCGUCAAUUUGCUUUGUUCGCCAAAGGCUUCAACUCUUGGGCUUUACGCAUUCGAAAUGCUCCCUCCCUUCAUAAAGCUCUUGCUAUCUACUCCCAGAUGCACCGCCAAUCCGUUCCUCACGACAGCUUCUCAAUUCUGUUUGUGCUCAAAGCCUGCGCUCGUUCCAACAACCUCUCCAUUCUUCACCAUCUUCAUGCCCAUAUUACUAAACUUGGUUUCACUACCCAUGUCUUUGUCGCUACAUCCCUACUCUAUGCGUACGUCCUGAACUCCUUUGAACUUGCUUGUUUGUUGUUCGAUGAAAUGCCCCACAAAAACACUGUUACCUGGAACACUAUGAUUUUCGGGUAUUCCAAGACAGGGGAUGUAGACAGAGCUCGCCAACUGUUUGAUCUGAUGCCAUCAAAAGAUUUGGCAUCUUGGUCCGCCACGAUUGCUGCAUACGUUAACAACCGCAAUUACAGGGGUGGUUUGCUUCUUUUCCAAGAUAUGAUAGUUAUUGGAAUAACUCCCGACCAGAUGGCGGUAGGUUCAAUCUUAAAAGGGUGUGCUUAUAUGGGCUCUUUAGGAUUGUUAGCUGGCAAAUCAGUUCAUGGUUUUGUGGUCAAGAAUAGGUGGGAACUAAACCUGGAACUUGGUACAGUUUUGGUUGAUAUGUACGCCAAGUGUGGAUUUUUUAAGUACGCUUGCCAGGUAUUUCAUUUGAUGUCUGAAAAGAACGUCAGGACCUGGACUGCUCUGAUAUGUGGAUUGGCACAGCAUGGCUACUGCAAGGAGGCGUUGGAUUUAUUUGAGAUGAUGAGGAAUGAAUGUGUGGAACCGAAUGAAUUGACUUUCACUGGGAUUUUAAGUGCUUGUGUUCAUGCAGGAUUUGUUCAAGAAGGCCGCAAAUAUUUCAACAUGAUUGAAGAAUAUGGCUUAGAAACAAGGAUUCAACAUUAUGGUUGCAUGGUUGAUCUGCUGGGUAGGUCGGGAUUGUUGGAGGAAGCUUAUGGGGUUAUUAAGAAUAUGAGACUCGAACCUAAUAUCAUUGUGUGGAGCUCUCUUUUGUCGGCCUGUAAGCAACAUAAAAGCUUUGACAUGGCUGAGAGAGUUAUUGAGCAGAUACUGGACAAGUUAGAACCCGAGAAUCAUGGUGGAAUUUACUCUCUUAUAUCUGAUUUGUAUGUUCUAGAGGAAAAGUGGGAUGAUGCAGAAAAGAUAAGGAAUUUACUGAACCAAAAUGUGCGGAAGGUUAGGGCGUAUAGCCUUAUCAGAAGUGGAUUAUAGCUGCCUAUAAUUGCAUCACUCCUUUUCGAAUUAGAAUAGUAAUUGAUAUGGUCAACUUUACAAAUUACUCUCACUGGUGUUUUGUAAUCUGCUUCCUUGCAAAUUUCCUGAGGAGCAACUGUAGAGGAAAUAAAUCUGUAGUCUGCAAUGGUGCACAGCUUCUCAAAUGCCAGCCCUUGCCAAUUUUACAUGGACAAAAGAGCGUGAUCUUAUCUUGGGCGCGGCCUCAAUUAGUACAAUAUUGGGGGAUGAUUGCUGACUGAUGGUUAUUGCUAAGCGGGCGCGCUUACUUUUCUGGUCAUGGCUUGAUCUGCUGCUCUCUUGCCCAUUCGAGAUUGACAUGCUAAUGUGAGUUUGGCAAAGGUUCUUGGUGGAACCAGAGCUUCUCCUCCCUACAUGUCUGUUCUGUUUGAUCGAUUAUUUUCUCUACCAUAGCAAACCUUGGCUUGUUUUGUUUGUAUUUAUGUCAUUGGUGAAUUUGGCCAAAUGAUAGAAAUUUGAUGUCCCUCGAGAUCUCGAGCUGUCAGGUUUAAUUAACUUGUUUGCCA